AACAAAGCAGAUUAGCAAGUCUCCCUUUAAAGCCUCCACUAACACACACCGUCCCCUCUCUCUAAAUCAAUCUCUCUCGCUCUCUCCCUCUCUCUCUCUCUCUCUCUCCGCUCACACAUCCACCAUCGACACCUAUACUUCAUCGCCGGAAUCUCCGAAAGCUAUACAUACUUACAAUUCGAUUCUACCUAAUCGAAUCGAAUCCAUGGCGUCAACUCUGAUAUCAAAUCCUGUAACAUCAUCAACAACACGUGAAUCGCGCAAAAAGAAGAAGAAACUCAGCCAAAUCACAAGAAAUCAAUCUCAAAACCCUAACAACAAUCAAAUCCCCUGGAAAUCCGAUUCGCAACAACAAAUAUACUCCUCCAAACUCCUCCAAGCUCUCCGACACAUUCGCGUCGAGGACUCUUCCGCCGCUUCCGUGCCGCGUCGAGGCAAGGCGGUGCGCGAAGCAGCUGAUCGAGUCCUCGCCGCCACGGCCAAAGGAAAGACCAGGUGGAGCCGCGCAAUUCUCACUAAUCGGUUAAAAAUGAAAUUCAGUAAAAAUUUACGGAGGCGGAGAGUGGCUGUGCCUGGAAGUGAUGCGAAUAAGUCUGUUAAGAAGGCGAAAGUCAGCGUGUUGAGGCUGAAAUCCAAGAAUUUACCUGCUGUUCAGCGAAAAGCUCGGUUUCUCGGGCGAUUAGUGCCUGGAUGUAGGAAGGAAUCGCUUCCCGUUGUUUUGGAAGAAGCGAGUGAUUAUAUUGCUGCUCUUGAGAUGCAGGUUCGCGCGAUGGCUGCGUUGGCUGAGCUUCUUUCCGGUGGUUCCACUUCGGCUGCUGGUUCUAGUUCCCUGCCUUCUAUGAGCUGUUAAUAUUGUUUUCUUUAUAUUUUUUAUUUUUACGUUUUUCUGUGAUCCAAAUUGAACAUUUGAUUGUUAAGUGUUUGGUACAGUUGAUCUUAUCGGUUUAAAUUUUGAAUAGUUGAAUUUU